AUGUGCCCCUGCGCCCUGCCCGGCCGCCCCCCGGCCGGCUGUCUCUGCAGCAACGGCCAGGGCCAGGGCCACGGCGGGGGAGGCGGCGGCGGCGGCAGCCCGGGCAGGGCGCGCGUCUCCGGAGCGCAGCUCACCGCGGCGCGCCUCCAGGCCAUCGGCGAUGAGCUGCAGGCGCGGAGGGCGGCGCGGAGCCGCCGCGCCUCGGCCGGCACCGGCCUGGCCACGUCCUUGGCGCUGCUGGCCGCCCUGGCCUGGCUGAGCCGCCGGGGCCGCAUGUAG